CCAACCAGUGUUUUUCAAGCUUUUUAUAUCCAAUCUCUUUCCCCGCCACCAACUGCUCCGCUGCCUCUCCACUCGCUACACGCUCGCCGCCGCCGUCUUUGUCCCCUUCCGCCGCCUGCCGUUCGAGUAGCUCGAUAUGGCAGACGGCGAGAAUGAAUCUCCGGCUGCUCCCACGCCGUACGAAGAGGCGAUGGAGGCCUUAUCUUCUAUGAUAAACCAGCGGACUCGGGGCACUAAGACCACCAUUCAAUUCGAUUUACUCUUCGAUUACCUGAAGAUUCUGGAGCUGGAGGAUGCACUUGAUGGUUUGAAGAUUGUUCAUGUGGCAGGCACCAAAGGGAAGGGUUCAACUUGCACAUUCACGGAGUCUAUUCUGAGGAAUUGCGGAUUUCGAACUGGGCUUUUCACCUCACCCCACCUCAUCGAUGUCCGAGAAAGGUUUCGUUUGGAUGGUGUUGAUAUAUCCCAGGAAAAGUUUCUGGCUCAUUUCUGGUGGUGUUUCAAUAGAUUAAAGGAAAGGACAACUGAAGAUUUACCCAUGCCUCCUUUGUUUCGCUUUCUUACGCUACUUGCCUUCAAGAUCUUUGCAGCAGAGCAGGUUCAUAUAUGUAUUUAUUGCGUCUUCCACACUGUCUCUCCUGUUUUUCCUCUGAAUGCCAGCUCAUUUGGAAUCUGAUGCACUAAGUUUCUUUGUGCAGGUAGACGUUGCUAUUAUGGAAGUUGGAUUAGGUGGGAGGUUCGACGCGACAAACGUGGUUCAGAAACCUGUUGUAUGUGGCAUAACUUCUCUUGGGUAUGACCAUAUGGAGAUUCUUGGGUACACCCUUGGAGAAAUUGCUGGUGAAAAAGCUGGUAUUAUAAAGCGUGGUAUUCCUGCUUUUACAGUGCAACAACCUGAUGAAGCAAUGUGUGUUCUUGAAGACGAAGCUUCCAGUUUAAAUGUAGAUCUUCAAGUUGUACAGCCGUUGGAUGUCAAUUUGCUAAAUGGCCUAAAACUUGGUCUUGAAGGUGAGCACCAAUAUGUUAAUGCUGGUCUUGCCAUUGCACUUUCUUUCACUUGGCUGAGGAGGACUGGUCAUCUUGAACUUGCCAACCAGGAGCACGCUGGCUCACUGCCUGAGCAGUUUAUUAAGGGGUUAACAGCAGCCACUUUUCAAGGCCGGGCCCAGAUUGUCCCUGAUCAAUAUGUAGAUAGUGAAAACGAUGGGGAUCUUGUGUUUUAUUUGGAUGGUGCCCACAGUCCUGAAAGCAUGGAAAUUUGUGCAAAAUGGUUUUCUGGUGCUGUUAAAGGUGAGAACCAACCUGAUAAAGUGAAACCACAAGUGAGUUCAUCCACACAUCAAUUAAAGAAGGAUAUCAUGCAGGUAAGCAUCAACGUUCAACCCUUUAAUCAAUUUGCUCUCCAUGAGUGAGCUCCUGUCCGAGACAGUAGGUGAAAGUUGAAAUUAGCAAGGCACUGUCCCUGCAGAAGAAUGUCCAAGUGUCGUUUUUAUUUUUGGUUCGCUGGCGGACAUCCACAACAAGAAAGUCAAAAUACCAAGGACUUUUCUGGUUGUUAGGCAACUAUCUCUAUUUCUUAGCAAAUAUCAAGUAUUCAUUCUCAAGUUUCUGUAGUCUUUUGGUUAGUCAAUUCCACUGAAGAGCGAAACAGUAAUGUAUUGUAAUCAGAUGAUUAAUGAGAAGUGGAGAGUAUUAGGGCGUAAUCCUGAUAAGUCGGGUCUAAGCCUAAAUGAGUUCUUAUGUAUGUCUCUCCUUUUUUUUUUUUUUUUUGUUCUCCCUCGUUUUUGUUUGAUAUUAAUUUCCUGAAUAUUAUUUUGUACAGCCUGAAACUCUUUUGUUUGUCAUUUUCUAAAUCAGGUAUUUGAUCCCUCUUCAGCUGAAAGAGUACAGCUUGAGGUCCUUCCCCAUAUCCCCAAAUUUUAGAGCCCAAACAUUCUCAAAUUCUAUAUUCCUUCCAAUACCAGACUUAAAAGACAGCAUUGACCAAGCAUAUAAAAAUAAAUUUGAAAUUGAUUCAUGUGGCAGCUCUCUUGAAUACAUUUUUGUAUCAUUGCUGAAUUUGAGCAUCCCAGUGAUUGAGAAUGCUUGGCAUUUGGCAAAGCUAAAAUCAUCCAGUUUUUUUGGUAUUCAUGCAGAUAUUGUUGUUCAACUGCAUGUCAGUGCGGGAUCCUGAGCUGCUUCUGCCACCAUUAAUGAAAACAUGUGCUAGUCAAGAUGUCCACUUCAAGAAGGCACUCUUUGUCCCAAAUGUGUCGGUGUACCAUAAAGUUGGAACUCAUAAUUUAACAUCAUCAACUGUUUCUGAACCUAAUUUAUCAUGGCAGCUCACUCUUCAAAGAGCAUGGGAUAAUUCCAUGCAGAAUGAUAAAGGAAGGGAGGCCAAGCAAGUGGAUCAUGUGCCCGAGGAGAAAAAUGACGAUUCAGGAAAAAGUGGUGGGAGUGAGAGCAGUAGUGUAGUCUUUUCUUCUCUACCUUUGGCUAUCAAAUGGCUCAGGGACACUGUUAGACAGAAUCAAUCUGUCAGCCUCCAGGUCCUAGUUACUGGUUCGUUGCAUCUCGUGGGGGAUGUGUUGAAACUAACCAGGAAGUAGAGUGUCCCUUUUGACCAUUCAUUCUGAAAGAUUUCUUUCGGAAUUUGGCGCUUCAAACACAUCUUCCAAUUAACAGUGAAGAAGUAUAGUUGGAUGUGUUUCCCAGCCCAUGAAGUCCCCCUGCCUGCCCCGAGUUAUGUACAUUGAUACAUACCACCCCACAGAUAGACUAACCAGCAACGAAACUUGGUGUACUUCAGCUGGUAGCCUGGAUUGCUCUGAAAGCAUGGAAUCAUUCACCAACAUUUGCAUGUCUACAUUGAUGGCCGACAUUCUGACAGUUGUCGUUGUUCAUUGUUCCAAGUCCCUAGAAUGAUACGGUUGCGGGAACUUGUGUAUCAUUUGUAUCUCUUGAAUGUCUUCAAAACAAUACAUGUCGUGUUUUACUCUAUGCUGUAGAUGGCUAAUGAUAUGACUAAUGAUAUGGGUUUGCCCAUUCCCCUUCAAAGUAUAUAGAAAUAGGGUGUCCUACGAAAUGAAACUUCAAAUCCAUUCUAGUGC